AUGCGUGAAUACAAAGUUGUUAUAUUAGGAAGUGGUGGUGUAGGUAAAUCUGCUCUUACUGUUCAAUUUGUUCAAGGAGUAUUUGUUGAAAAAUAUGAUCCUACAAUUGAAGAUAGUUAUAGAAAACAAGUUGAUAUUGAUGGAAAACAAUGUAUGCUUGAGAUACUUGAUACUGCUGGAACUGAACAAUUUACUGCAAUGCGUGAUUUGUAUAUGAAAAAUGGACAUGGUUUUCUAUUGGUAUACUCAAUAACAGCUCAAUCAACAUUUAAUGAUCUUGUAGAUCUUCGUGAACAGAUUCUUCGUGUAAAAGAUACUACUAAUGUACCAAUUAUCCUUGUUGGAAAUAAAUGUGACAUAGAAGAUGAACGUGUCAUUAGAAAAGAUGAAGGACAAAAUUUGGCACGUUCUUUUAAUUGUCCAUUUUUUGAAACUUCAUCAAAAGCAAAAAUAAAUGUUCAAGAAGUAUUUUAUAAUCUCAUAAAACAAAUAAAUCAUUGUUAUCCAGAAACAAGUAAGAAAAAUCCACCAAAAAAAUGUUGUUGCACUACAAUGUAA